AUGGGGUCGAAUUACAAUCUGCAAGAGCUGCUGGCAACCGACAUCCAAACAGCCCUGCCCGCUGAAGCAGUCGCCGAAAUCAUCUCGCAAGCCCCCUUCAGCACCGUCCCGGGCAUCUUCAACCUGCGCGACAUCAGCAACGCAACCAUUCCCACCUCUCCAUCCCCAGCAGUCCUCCGCCCAGGCCUCGCCUACCGCUCAGCAGCCCCAGCCCCAGAAUUCACCCCAGAUGGCGUAACAGCUCUCAACACCCUCGGGAUCAAAAAGAUCUACGACCUGCGUCGGCCCGACGAGCGCACCAAGAAGCCGAGUCCCGUCAUCGACGGCGUCCAAGUCGUCUGGAUCCCGGAUACACUGGGUGGGAAGCCGCCAAACUCAGCGACGGCCCCUCCGUCCGAUCCGGAGAAAUCAACCGAGGCGCUGGUGCAGAUGUACACGACCUAUCUCACCUCGCACGCGCCGGUCUACAAGGCCGUCUUUGAGCAUAUCCGCGAUGAACCGGAGAAGCCUUUUCUCUUCCACUGCUCCGCCGGAAAAGACCGCACCGGCGUCCUGGCGGCCCUGAUCCACCGUCUGGCAGGGAGCGCCGACGAAGCCAUCAUCCACGACUUCACGCUGACCCGGGUUGGACUCGAGCCCGGUCGCGAGGCUCUACUGACAAUGAUGAAGAGUCUGUACGGCGAGUCGGCGUGGAAUAACCCAGUUCUGCUGGUUCUCUGGGGCGUGCACGCGAACGGGAUGGCUGGGUUUCUGAACAUUCUUGAUGGGCAGCAUGGAGGCGUGGUCGGGUAUUUGAAGAGUCUGGGGUUCUCGGAGUCUGAUAUCGCUACCAUGAAACGGAAUCUCGCAUUGAACAGUCACUCAUGUAUUUAG